AUGGCCUGGUUGAUCGCCUACCCGGCAGUGGCCAUGCUGGCCAUGUUGAUCGUGCUCGUCAUCAUGAUGAUCCUGCGAUUCGGCCCGCAGCUCUGCCGGCUGCGCCACCAUGCACUGCCGGACGAUCAAGAUUUGCGCGAUCAAGCGUACGAUCAGAAGGUUAGCUACGCCUGACACACCCGGACGACACCGCCGGUCGCCAUGAGUGACACACCAAAAUGGCAGUCCCGUUCCGUGAAGUUGCGCGGAUAGGAGCAGCGGACAGCACAUAUUUUAUUUGCCUUUUUUAUAUUGCUACUAACAUUUCGGUCGCAAAAUGUUUCAUUUAAGAUUCCUCUUUUUAUAUCGAUUUAUCGAUCGAUUUUUACGAAAGAGGAGAGAAAGGAUGCGCUCUUUUCUUUUGCGAGGAGAAAUUUCAUCCGUUUCUCUGUUCCAUAUUUAGCAUUAGGCCGUACUAACAUAGUGUCUUUUAGCCUCACAAAUGUCAACUAAGCAUAUCAUAAGACUCGAAUCAGACGAAACACAUUCCGUCCAAAGGAAGCAUUCUGUCCAUAGUUUUAUAGUUGCAUUUGUACGCCAUCUUUGAAUGAUCGUUAUCGAAACAAUAAUUCUCGUAAUGUAAUGUAAAUGUUUAAACAAGCCUCAUUCUACCCUCCGUACUAUUUCAUCAAUAUAAAUGUUUAAAAGCAAGAGCAAUUUAGUAUUUAACAAAAAUAAAAUAUUGUCAACAUCAACAUUCUUCAUACAUGAACGGUAAAACAGCAAUUAUCAAAAGCACAAAACAGAGUACAUUUUUACUAGUUUCCUUUUUUGCCAUUAGUGUGAAACAAAAUUAUCGAUUUAAAUAAAUAAAAAAAGCAUUGUACAAGCAAUACAAAACGUAGAAAACAAUA